AUGAGUGGAAGACCCAGGUCGAGGUGGAGCGCCUGGCUCUUCAGGGCUCCUUCUGAGGAAGCCAGCAGCAGCCCAGGCAGGAGCACUGUGCUCUCCGAGCAGGAAAACCCUGACGCCAGCGGGUACGUACCUGCAGGGGGGAUUCGGUUAACUCGAUCAUGGAAGACUGUCACGAGUGUGGUGUUUAUACUGACAUUUCUUCUUCUAGGAUUUAGAAACCACAUGAGGCUUAAAGAAAAAGAGUUUCCUCAAAAAUCCAGACAAUUUUAUGCUGUAAUUGCAGAAUAUGGUUCACAGCUUUACAAUUACCAGGCCAGGCUUCGAAUGCCGAAAGAGCAACUGGAACUUUUAAAGAAGGAAAGCCAGACUUUGGAAAACAACUUACGUGAAAUUCUAUUUUUAAUUGAAGAAAUAGAUGUUCUGAAGGCCUUACUUAGAGAUAUACGGGAUGGUCUGCACAGUUACAGCUGGACUGCAGAUGGAGACUCCGCUGAAGGCUGGGACCACACUGAAGUUGUGGACGAGGAAAUGUCAAACUUGGUAAAUUAUGUACUUAAAAAGUUGAGAGGAGAUCAAGUCCAGAUGGCCGAUUACGCCCUUAAGUCUGCAGGAGCCUCUGUUCUUGAAGCUGGGACCUCAGAAAGUUACAAAAAUAAUAAAACAAAACUCUACUGGCAUGGGAUUGGGUUCUUAAAUUAUGAAAUGCCUCCAGAUAUCAUUCUCCAGCCGGAUGUCCACCCUGGGAAGUGCUGGGCCUUUCCAGGUUCCCAGGGUCAUGCCCUAAUCAAGCUUGCCAGGAAGAUCAUACCAACUGCUGUCACCAUGGAGCACAUCGCAGAGAAGGUGUCUCCCUCAGGAAACAUCUCCAGCGCACCCAAGGAAUUUUCUGUCUAUGGCGUCUCGAAACAAUGUGAAGGAGAAGAAAUUUUCCUAGGUCAGUUUAUAUAUAAUAAAACAGGAACCACCGUUCAAACAUUCGCGCUCCAGCAUGAAGUUUCUGAAUUCUUAUUAUGUAUGAAACUUAAAAUCCUUAGCAAUUGGGGACACCCGAAGUAUACUUGUUUAUAUAGAUUCAGGGUUCAUGGCACCCCAAGAGAUGACACCUAG